AUGCCACACAAGUACCAUUUCGACGUCACCAUGUCAUGUUCCGGAUGUUCAGGAGCAAUUGAAAGGGUGUUGAAAAAACAGGAUGGUAUUGCCAAUUACAAUGUUUCAUUGGAGAACCAAACUGUUGAUGUUGAGACUGAUAAGGAUUACGAUCUGAUUUACAAUGUGAUUCAAAAGACUGGUAAAAAGAUCAAUGGUGGUAAAGUUGUCAGCUAG